AUGGCCUUUAUUACCCACGCCCUCCCUGGUCUGACCCGCAGCACCGUCCCGCGCACAUCGCGCUUCAUCCACGCCACGAGCCCCACCAUGCUUCUCUCCAAGGGCGACAAGAUGCCCAUGGACGUCGAUCUCAUGGUCCUCAAAGACGGCGCCCCCACCACCGUCUCCACCGCCUCCAUCUUCCAGUCCAAGAAAGUCGCCGUCGUCACCUUUCCCGGCGCCUUCACCAGCACCUGCCAAAACGGCCACGUCCCGCUCUGGAUCAAGGCCGUCGACGACUUCAAGGCAAAGGGGUGCGAUGACGUAGUCGCCCUCGCUGUCAAUGAUCCGUUUGUCAUGGACGCCUUUGCAAACGUCAUUGGCAAUGAAGGCAAGGUUACGUUUUUGGCCGAUGGAGGCGCAAAGCUUACCAAGGCAAUCGGCAUUGAGGUUGAUACCGAUGGCUUUGGGGGUGUUCGCUCGUACCGGGGAGGCUAUUUGGUCGAGGAUGGUGUGUUUACUCAGGUUAAUUUGGAGGACGGCACCUCAUUUGAGGGACCCUCUAAGCCAGAAACGCUAUUGGCACAGAUGUAGCCUUUGUCGUACACGCAUGUAGUGUAUUUGCUUUGAAACGGAACCCCGUCUAAAUCUGCUCCGCAGUGUCUCAAAUCUCUAAAUCGUUUUCGCGAAAUGCUUCAGAGCGAAA